AGAGGGAUAGCGUGAGAGAGAGGGAUAAACAGAGAGGUAGAAGGGAGAGAAGGUUAGAGAGAUAGGGAGAGUGGGAUUGAGAGAGAGAGAUAGAGAGAGCCUGGGAUAGAGGAAUUGGAACAACCUGGAAGAAAGAGAAGGAUACUGUGAUAGAGAGACUGCAGUAAUCCAGGAGCUAGAGAGAGGGACAUAGAGAGAGACAGGGACUGGGAUAGCGAGAGAGACAAAGUUGAACUGGGAUAGAUAAGGAGAUUAAGAUAACCCAGGUGGGAUUUGAGCUGCAGAAGAUGAUCCCUCCAAUAGACUCACUUUUGAAAUAUGACCAUCCGCUACUUGUCAGCAGGAAUGUAGAGAAAAAAUCUGCAAAGGCUCGUCCCUUCAAAGUGAGUGCCCAACAGCCUACAUCUACUUCACCAAUUCCAAGUCCUCCAAAAGCCAAACCAGUUGCAAUUGAUGUUACCAAGCAGACAGAAGAGAUUUUAAAUGCAAUUUUGCCACCAAGAGAAUGGACAGAGAAUUCUCAGCUGUGGAUUCAGCAGGUAUCCAGUACUCCCUGCACUCGGAUUGAUGUUGUCCAUCUUCAGGAACAACUGGAUCUCAAGCUACAGCAGAGGCAAGCUCGAGAGACUGGAAUUUGCCCUGUCCGCAGGGAGCUGUACUCUCAAUGCUUUGAUGAACUGAUCAGGCAAGUAACCAUAAACUGUGCUGAGCGAGGAUUACUGUUGUUGCGAGUCCGCGAUGAGAUCCGAAUGACCAUUUCUGCCUAUCAGACACUGUAUGAAAGCAGUGUGGCUUUUGGGAUGAGGAAAGCCUUGCAAGCAGAAGAGGGCAAAACUGACAUGGAGAAGAAGAUCAUUGACUUGGAAACAGAAAAGAAAGAGCUGGAGAGACAACUCAACGAACAGAAGGCGAAGUGUGAAGCCAUAGAGAAAAGGGAGAAUGAAAGACGUCAAGUGGAGGAGAAGAAGCAUGCAGAAGAAAUACAGUUUCUCAAACGGACUAAUCAGCAACUUAAGGCACAACUGGAAGGCAUAAUAUCUCCAAGGAAAUGAAACCAUGCACUUUCUGUCCAAUCCAGACUGAAGUAUACUAUGCUCUCACACUAUUACUGUAAUUUAAACUGUAUACAAGUUACUACAUAGGCAUAGUCUGUUGAAUAGAACCUCAAUGCUCUAAAGACUAGUAACAGAAAUACAGCCGAGACUCUUUGGAUGCAUAAAUACAAUGUAAGUACAACAUAUAAUUAGUUUAGCAAGUGACACCAUUAAAUACCCAGUUAAUUCUCUCUGCAAAGAGGUCCGUGGAAUGGUGUAUUCUCUGGUCCUGACAAUGUUGUAUGUUUACACUAUACUUACCAUGGUACUGCAAUCAACACUAAGAUUGCACUUAAAGCUAUUCCAUGGCCACAAAGAAAUGUUACAGUAAUAAUUCCAGAAAUAGUUUUAAUUAAAACUCUAAUUUAAAAGUAUUUUUCUUUUUAAAUUAUGAUAAUUAAAUUAUUUCAGUUCUGUCUAAUUAUAGGUCUCAAUAAAUCUUUCACCUCAACAGGAAGAGGGAAACCUAUAUGUAAUCAACAGGUACCUUCCAAAACAAAAAGUACUAAAAAAGGCAUCAAAAAGGACAAACUUAAUUUUAAAGAAAGAAAAGCUAUUUAAAGUGGCAGCAAACUUAUUUGUUCCUGGAAAAUGCUGCUUGAAGUGGCAUAUUCUCUCCACUGUGAAGGUAUCUGAUAUGAUCUCCUGUGAAUUUGAAGGUUCCACGCAGCUUCAAAAAGUGAUCAUACCACGGCAGUUUACAAAAAGUUAACCAAAAAAACCUAAAAAAAGCACAAACCUUAAGUACUGAUCAAAUUACAACUGCUUUCAAGGGUGUAAAAAAAUAAAUAAUUAUUCAUCCACUAUUAGUUCUUUAGACGUUGAGGUACUGUUCCAUACUUUCCUUCCUUUAACAACAUUGCAUUAAUAAAUGUUGGAUUUGUGUAUUUUUAUUACUAUGUCAAAUUCUGAAUUAACAUUGCGGUACUAAUUCUGCUGUAAAUUUUAAGAUUUAAACUGUACCAUUCUUUUAAAAGAACGUGUUUCUUGAAAUAAAUGCAACUUUGAAGUCAUCUUAGUUCAGAGCAAAUAGUGUACAGCAUCUUUUCAAUAAUAUUAAAAAGAUGUUUAUGUCA